CAUGCGAAUAGAAAGCCUGUAUGAAAGAACGAUAUUAUAUUUUCAAGAAGCGUUUGGAACUAAAUAAGAGUGUCAUUGACUUUGCGCCAUUUAAUUGUUUUGCUUUAAAAUUGGAUUGAAUUUAUAUAUUUAAUAUAUAUAUAUUUAUUUAUUUUGGGGUGAUAAACAUACAGUGUUUGAGAAAUUAACUUCUAUAAAAAUGCAGUCAACGACGUUUGCUUUUUUAGCAACAGCAGUGUGUGUAUAUAUAACAACAUAUAUAUCUACAGCAUAUGGCUACAAAUGCUCAGGACCUUGGGCCAUACAUGCGUGCUAUGGAGGUAACGGUAAACGUUCCGGCCUACCCACAUUUAAAUCAGACCUCGAAUCGGACGAACUUAAAAACAGACAAAACAUUUUACGACAGUUACUAUUUCCCGAUACGCUGCUGCCAAGCGUUUCUCACAAGAAGGACAUGUUGUCGGAAAGCAGUGAUAUCGAAGACGAUGUAAAUAGUUUAUUUCCAGAACUUGAGGACUAUGAUCGGUCAAGGGACAUGGCUAAGGCCCGAAAUCUGCUAAGUGAAAUGUUGCUACAAAAACGACAAAGGAAUUCAUUGGACAGCAAUUUCAUGUUCAGUCGAUAGUGAAGUGACUCUCAGAGAACACAGAGCAUGUACUCGACAUCAUCUUUGAGGUUUACGUGUAAAAAAUGCUUUUUCAACUUACAAGUAUCAUCUGAUUACCUUUGGAAUAAAAUGCGAAAAAUAUAAAUUAGUUUAUAAAGCACAUUUAAUCAUUUAAACAGUGAACCACGGAAAGAUACUGCCUAUAUAUAGAUAUAGAUAUAAAUAUAUACAAUAUAUU